AUGCGCGCCUCCCAGCUGCGCCCUCCGGGGAGUAGACUGCCCGCGCCAAACGUUCGACCGCCGACCCUCAACGAGAUGUCCGAAUCGCAGAACAACGUCAGGGCUCAGCCCUCGAUGCUCCCGCAGUCCGGCAUCAAGCGGCCACAGUCUAACAGUGUCUCGCAAACACUACCUGACCCGAAAGCACGAAAGACUCUGAUGGAGAGGGCCGGCGAAUUUCCUGGCAGCAAGACCUCCCUUACCGCUACUCCCGCUCCAAGGACCGCCAACAAAGGUGUCUCGCUCGCUUCACAGUCUGGGAUGAGGUUUCCUCCGUUGCCCAAGCAGCUGCUUCGUGCCGCGACGUCUUCGUCGCGCCACGCACGGCUUGAAGAAGCGCACCCGAUCGAAGACGGGUCUACCGAGCUCAACGACUUCUGCAUCGUAGAACAAUAUGACCUGAACGGGUUCUGCGGGAUCAUCGAGCUGCGUUACGAGGCUGAAGUCUCUUGGGACAUGGACGAGCGUCUCGUGGAAGUGGAGGCCCAGUUCAAAGCCAUGAAAGAGGUCAUGAACGUCUCCCUGACCGACAAGAAGGCCAUGGAAGAGGUGAUCGAAAUGGCAAAAACGAGAGCGAACGACCUCGAGCGCGAACGAAAUCGAUUAGACGAGAAGAACGCGGGUUUGCAAGGCGAACUUGAUGGCAUGAGACAGCAGCUCCAAUCGCUAACACUCGAACUGGAACAAGAACGGAGGUCGUACAAGUACGAGCUCGAGGACAAGGCCCGGGAGCAGCGUAGUGAACUGGACCAGCUUCGAAGAACUCUGGAAGACCAGACCGACCGCCUGAGCAGGCAGCACCAGGAAGAGCUAGACGCAUUGAAGAGGCACUACCGGGCUGAGUUGGAGGACGAGAAACUACAGGCCACCCGCGAGGUUGAGGAGUUGAGAUCGAAACUUGGCUCUGAACAAGAUGGCCUCAACCUUGCCCUCCAUAACAAGGAUCGCGAAAUUCAAAGCACUCGAGCAGAGAUGGACGUCUUGAACGCAGACCUCGACCGUGAACGAGUCCAAAAGACCCACCUGCAGAAACAGAUCGAUGACUUGAUCGGCACCAACACAUCCCUCGAAGGCACCGUCCGAUCGCUGCAAGCUCAAGUCCACUUCUUGGAAUCGGAUAGCAAGCAACAAUCAGACUCAUUUGCUGAGAUGGAGGCGAGGAUGCAAGAAGCUUUGGUUGCUGCCGACGAGGCGCGGCAGAAGCUCAUCAAGGAGGAGACGGAACGACGAGCCCUCUUCAACAAGUACCAGGAAUUGAAAGGCAACAUCCGAGUUAUGUGCAGGGUCAGGCCGGUUCUUGAAGACUCCGAGGGCACCGCAGCAGAACUGGAGUUCCCCGACGACAAGACAUCGGCUCAAAUCUACGUCAAAGGACCGGAGGAGAGGAAUGCCCUCGGCAAGACCAGCAGCAAGACUUACCCAUUCGAGUUCGACCGCGUUUUUACUCCUCAGAUACACAACGAAGAGGUCUUUGACGAGAUCGCACAGUUGGUACAAAGCGCCCUGGAUGGCUACAAUGUGUGCAUCUUCUGUUACGGUCAAACUGGCUCAGGCAAGACAUACACUAUGUCCUCAGCUGAUGGUAUGAUACCUCGAGCCACGAAGAUGAUCUACGACACGGUGAACAAGUUGAAAGAGAAGUCUUGGACGUACACCAUGGAGGGUAACUUCGUCGAGGUGUACAAUGAGGAGCUGCACGACCUGCUGACUCCGGCGAAGGAGGCUGAAGGCAAGAGGAGACCCGAGAUCCGCCACGACGAGGCUCGCAAGACCACGACCGUGGUCAACUGCAAGAGCGUGACGCUCGACUCGGAGGACACUGUGGAGCAGAUGCUCAAGCACGCUCAGAACAACCGCUCUGUCGCGGCCACCAAGGCCAACGAGCGGUCGUCCCGUUCGCACUCGGUGUUCAUCCUCAAGUUGACCGGCGAGAACUCGGCGACGCACGAGCGGUGCGAGGGCACGCUCAACCUCGUGGACCUGGCCGGGUCGGAGCGGCUCAAGCAUUCGGGCGCCGAGGGCGACCGCAUGAAGGAGACUCAGAACAUCAACAAGAGUUUGACGUGCCUCGGCGAUGUGAUCGAGGCGCUGGGCAAGGGCAACGGCCACAUCCCCUACCGCAACUCUCAGCUAACGUACCUGCUGAAAAACUCACUGGGCGGCAACUCCAAGACUCUCAUGUUCGUGAUGGUGUCGCCUCUGGAGGCACACCUCAAGGAGACGCUGACCAGCUUGAGAUUUGCUACCAAGGUGCACAACACCCAUAUUGGCACGGCCAAGGCGACAAAGAAGACCAAGGAUCGCAUCGGCGACUCAUGA